UUUAAUGAUCCUAUUUUGGUAGCUACUACCGAUGGUGUAGUAACUAAAUUGAAGAUCGCACAGGCUGCCAACAUCCAUAACACUAUUGGUAUCGAUCAUGUCGCCAUGAAUGUCAAUGAUUUAAUUGUACAGGUAGAAUGUGGAACUAUACUCUCACGUAAAUCUGAUAUAAAUGUUGGAGACAUUCUUAUCGGUAUUCCAUCAUCAGGCAUUCAUUCAAAUGCUUUUUUUUCAUUGAUUCGAAAAAUUAUUGAUAAAUAUAGCCUUGGAUAUGAAUCAACUUGUCUGUGGAACUCAAAACUCACACUUGGUGAAGAAUUACUUAUACCAACAAAAAUUUAUGUUAUGCAAUUGUUACCAUUGAUUAAGAAAGGUUUUGUAAAAGCAAUGGCUCAUAUAACUAGAGCUCCGCAAUGGGUAGGGCUACCCACGG